UUUGUUUCGCUCUCCCUUUUUUUUCCAGGCGGUGGCCGGUUCCUCGACCCGCGCUCCAAGCAAAGCUUCAAAUUCGACCACCUGCGCAAAGAGGCGUCCGAUCUGCAGAACGCCGACGGGGACCUCAUCUCGGAGCAGUGGCGCGCCAUGCUGGACAUCGAGGCGCUCACGUACAGUGCGAACCACUACCGCAACGGGUCGUGCUCGGUGUUUGGGCGGACCAGCAACGGCCAGAUCACGUUGAACGUGUGCAUCGAGGAUCACCAGUUUCAGCCGAAAAACUUCUGGAACGGACGGUGGCGCUCCGUGUGGGCCAUCACGUUCCCGGCUUCGGGCAGCGGCGGCACGGCCGAACUGAAGGGGCUGCUCAAGCUGCAGGUGCACUACUACGAGGACGGUAACGUGCAGCUGGUGUCGUCGAAGGAGUUCCGCGACACGGUGGUCAUCACGAACGAGGCCGCCACGGCGAAGGAAAUCAUCCGGGUGAUCGAGGAGAGCGAACACGACUACCAGACGGCAAUAUCCGAGAACUACCAGACGAUGUCGGACACGACGUUCAAGGCGCUCCGGAGACAGCUGCCCGUGACUAGAACGAAAAUCGACUGGAGUAAGAUAGUGUCGUACAGCAUCGGGAAGGAGCUGAAAACGCAGUAAGGCAGAAUGCAGGAGGAAGGUGUGUUUAAGGUAAGUGUUGUGUGUGCAUGGCCGGGAAGCAGAAUAUACACAUUUCGUGUGGGCGAGCCCGCUGGAACACGAGGGGGAGGGAAACUUCUAUAGACAUGCACCGUUCUAUAGAGGGAGCUGAUGGUGAGAGCUACGUGUAACAAAACCGCGAAACAAUUAUAACAAAUUUAACUAAUAAUUUUCAAAAACAAAGCAAAAAAAACGCGAAAAUCAAGCAGCAAAUAUUCGAAGCAAAACAUCGUCUUUUUACAAUAAACAAGCAACCACAUUCAAACAGACACUCUUUACACAACUAGUUCGCAAAAUCAAUCGUGAGACCGUUGAACGAACGCUUUCGAGAGAUAACAUCGCUGUAAAUUCAUCGCUGGGUAGGGAAUAAUUAAAAAGGGUAAAGUGUAACCUCUAGUGACAAAAAAAAAAAAGAAAGAAAAAAAUCAAUUAUAUAGAAAAGCAAAAUUAAACAAAAAAAAACUCACGCAAAACACGUAUUAGAACUCAACUCAGAAACUCGAAUUCACCGACGUUUGGCCUGCAACAUAGAUAAAGCAAAAACAAAUGGAAAACACUCUUUUUAGAUAAUGUUAGUCUGACACACACUCUCACGAGUUCGAUGAAUUCUUACCACCUUGGAAAGAGGACGAAACUUUGCAGUAGUAGCAACUUUAUUAACGCGCUCAAUAGAUUAGUUUUACCCUCGCAUCUUCCCACACACACACUCACACACAAAACAAACAAAAUUUCGCUUGGAGAAUGGUUUUCCUCUUCUUUUGACCACCCCCUCUGUGAACACCCUGCUCAAACGAAACGGGCUUUUCUGCAAUCUUAUCGGAAAAAAGGCGAGACCGGUGACAGGGCUCACACCUUGCCGCGGCGCGAUUAGAUAAUGAGUCGAUUCUGUUUGCCGGCUGCUUCUUUAUUUUACCCAAGUUUGACAUUUCCCGUUCAAUACUGCCAAUUUUAACGCACUUUCUAAGCGAAGAAAUACUCUCUCUCUCUCUUUUUCUGUCUACAAAGUCUGGGUUUUAACUUUCGACGACCAUUCUGCGCUGACUUGGUUUUUAGAAAUUGAACAUUUUGUCGCUCGAGAAAUAAAAAUAGCAAGAAAUAAAAGGUUUACCUUCAUUCCACGAACUGAACAAUUGUGGCAAAAUGUGUGAUAGAGAGUAAGGGAAUUAAACUUGAAUCGAGAAACUAAUAAAAUUCGAAAACAAUUAUCCAACGCAGUUGAAAAACAUUACAUUGAAAGAUAGCAAAACAAACCAAUCCAAAUAGGCUCCGAACACAGAGACGACGAAACAUGUUCAUUUGGUUUCCCGUAAUCGAACCCCUCCCCCAAACCUUGGAUAUAGUAUAUAGGCGAACAAAAAAAAAAAAACAACAGAGUAAAUUAAAAAAAAAACACUUCCUGAAUGGGAUAGAGAUUGAGGAAGAGGGCGGUACACGAACUGAAGAGCAAACAAAAUGGAAAACUGUUUGAGAAGAGGACACACGCAGGAUAACAUUUAAGGAACUAAGUAACGAAACAUGAAUGAAAAAAAGAAACAGAAUUACACACACAACAACAAAAAAUACACGCAUGAUAAAACUUCAAAACAAUGAUUGAAUAACGGAAAAAAAAACCAACAACAUAUUUAACAUGAGCGAAACAUUCACAACGGACGCAUUACGGUGACGUUUGAAUAACACACACGCAUAGACAUAAAGAAAAACACACACACACAACCGUUGAGUAAUUAUGAGGUAAUUAAUUCAAAAAAGAAAAAAAAACAUGAAAUAUGAACGAGAAGAAGGCAAGGAGACGACAAAAAUAACUAUAUUAAAUUGAAAAAGUAAUAAAAAUAAUGUAUAUUUAAUUAUUAUUACAUAUAUAUGAAAAUUAAAUAAAAAUUCAUAUAAAAAGCUAA